GCCUGCUAUUCAGCAACCAUGAAAAAAAAGUUGCCAUCUACCACGCACCUGAACACAACAAAACAGGUCCCUUUUUGGUUAACUGGGUCUUGCGGAAUCAUUUCCCAGCAACGAGAUUUUGAGUAGGUUCUUCUAAAUUUCGAAAAAGAACGUCUUCUGCAUCUUUUUUGUUGAAAGUUUUCAAAGGCUUCCUUUUUACAAAAAACGGUUCAUCUUAAAAGAUCAUACACCGUAUCGUUCAUCACACUAAAAGCACAAAGUUUUUACCCAUAUGAGCACUGUAUACAAGCUGAAAACCCAGGCCCAGCGCCCGGCCGAAGAUGAAGACACGGAGACUUCUGUUGCUGUCUCCGCUCACGGCAAAAAACAUUCUGAGGGUUUCGUUUCCAUUAAACAAAAGGUUCUUAUCCUUUCUUCUCGUGGUGUCACGUACCGUCAACGUCAUCUGCUUAACGAUUUGGUGGCUCUGAUGCCUCACUGCAAAAAAGACAGCAAGUUUGACUCGAAGGAUCGCUUGUAUGAAUUAAACGAGCUUGCCGAACUCUACAACUGUAAUAAUGUGUACUUCUUCGAGGCCAGACGCAAGGAAGACCUGUACCUGCAUAUUGCUCGUGCCCCUAACGGCCCAACUGUCAAGUUCCACAUUGAGAACUUGCACACUAUGGACGAAUUGAACAUGACGGGAAAUGCCUUGAAGGGCUCUCGUCCCAUUCUCUCGUUCGACAAAACGUUCGACUCGGAGCCUCAUCUGCGUCUGAUUAAAAAUAUGCUUGAGCAGACGCUCGGUGUUCCUAAGAAUGCUCGCCGGAGCAAGCCUUUUGUUGACAGAUUGCUUACGCUGACUGUCGCCGAUGACAAAAUCUGGUUCCGUCACUUUGAAAUUCGUGAGAACGAGGACAAAACGAAGGAGCCCGUUUCGUUGAUCGAAAUUGGACCCCGUUUUGUCAUGACCAUUAUCAACAUUUUGGAAGGUUCUUUUGGUGGACCUGUGAUUUACAAGAAUGAGACCUUCGUGAGUGCCACGAUGAUUCGUGCAGCAGUACGCAACCAAGCUGCUAACCGUUACGUUAAUCGCCAAGAGCACAAGCUCGAGCGUGAACAACGGGCUCGCGAGAACGUUCUUCCUGAAGAUCCCUUGGAAAAAGUGUUUGCUUAGGUAGUAUUUAGAGAUUGAGAAAUAAUUGGAUAACUGGUUUGCGUGGUUUCAUAGUACACACCUCAUUUAUUCCUUGGUUUCGUAAGCAUAUGGAAGGC